AGAGAGGAGAGCCACAUAAAGAGGCACCAUCCACAGCCUGGCUCACCACUGCCCACCCCUGUCCCUUACCCCCUCUCUCCUUCCACCUUUGUCCUUCACUAUGGGGCCAGCUUCAGGGCUCCAGCUACUAGUGCUACUGCUACUGUUGGCCAGCUCCCCACUAGCUCUUGGGAGCCCCAUGUACUCCAUCAUUACUCCCAAUGUCCUACGGCUGGAGAGUGAAGAGACCAUCAUACUAGAGGCCCACGAUGCUCAGGGUAACAUCCCAGUCACAGUCACUGUGCAAGACUUCCUAAAGAAGCAAGUGCUGACCAGUGAGAAGACGGUGUUGACAGGAGCCAGUGGAUAUCUGAGCAGGGUCUCCAUCAAGAUUCCAGCCAGUAAGGAAUUCAACUCAGAUAAGGGGCAAAAGUAUGUGACAGUGGUGGCAAACUUCGGAGAAACCGUGGUGGAGAAAGCGGUGCUGGUAAGCUUCCAGAGGGGGUACCUCUUCAUCCAGACAGACAAGACCAUCUACACCCCGGGCUCCACUGUCUUCUAUCGGAUCUUCACUGUAGACAACAACCUACUGCCUGUGAACAGGCCAGUCGUCUACACCAUUGAGACCCCUGAUGGCGUUACCAUCAAGAGAGAAACUGGGACCCAGAACAAAUAUGGCAUCUUGUCUUUGUCUUGGAACAUUCCAGAACUGGUCAACAUGGGGCAGUGGAAGAUCCAAGCCUUCUAUGAGCAUGCACCGAAGCAGACCUUCUCUGCAGAGUUUGAGGUGAAGGAAUACGUGCUGCCCAGUUUUGAGGUCCUGGUGGUACCCACAGAGAAUUUUUAUUACAUCGAUGACCCAGAGGGCCUGAAAGUUUCCAUCACAGCCAGGUUCCUGUAUGGAAAGAACGUGGACGGGACGGCCUUCGUGAUCUUUGGGGUCCAGGAUGGCGAUAAGAAGAUUUCUCUGGCCCAUUCCCUCACACGAGUGGUGAUCGAAGAUGGUUCCGGGGACGCAGUGCUGAGCCGAGAGGUGCUGAUGGAGGGGGUACGGCCCUCCAACGCAGAUGCCCUGGUGGGGAAGUCCCUGUAUGUCUCCGUCACUGUCAUCCUGCACUCAGGUAGUGACAUGGUAGAGGCAGAGCGCAGUGGAAUCCCAAUUGUCACCUCCCCAUACCAGAUCCACUUCACCAAGACACCCAAAUUCUUCAAGCCAGCCAUGCCCUUCGACCUCAUGGUGUUCGUGACCAACCCUGAUGGCUCUCCAGCUCCCAGAGUGCCAGUAGUCACUCAGGGAUCCGAUGCACAGGCUCUCACUCAAGAUGAUGGUGUGGCCAAGCUGAGUGUCAACACACCCAACAACCGCCAACCCCUGACCAUCACAGUCCGCACCAAGAAGGAAGGUAUCCUAGACUCUCGGCAGGCCACCAAGACAAUGCAGGCACAACCCUACAGCACUAUGCACAACUCCAACAACUACCUACACCUGUCAGUGUCUCGAAUGGAGCUCAAGCCAGGGGACAAUCUCAACGUCAACUUCCAUCUGCGCACAGACCCAGGCCAAGAGAGCAAGAUCCGAUACUACACCUACCUGGUUAUGAGCAAGGGGAAGCUACUGAAGGCAGGCCGCCAAGUUCGGGAGUCUGGCCAGGACCUGGUAGUCCUGUCCCUGCCCAUCACUCCAGAUUUUAUUCCUUCCUUCCGCCUGGUGGCUUACUACACCCUGAUUGGAGCUAAUGGCCAAAGGGAGGUGGUGGCCGACUCUGUGUGGGUAGAUGUGAAGGAUUCCUGUGUAGGCACGCUGGUGGUGAAGGGAGACCCAAAAGAUAACCGACAGCCUGCACCUGGGCAUCAGACAACACUUAGGAUCGAGGGAAACCAGGGGGCCCGAGUGGGGCUAGUGGCUGUGGACAAGGGGGUGUUUGUGCUGAACAAGAAGAACAAACUCACACAGAGCAAGAUCUGGGAUGUGAUAGAGAAAGCAGAUAUUGGCUGCACCCCAGGCAGUGGGAAGAACUAUGCUGGCGUCUUUAUGGAUGCAGGCCUGACCUUCAAGACAAGCCAAGGCCUGCAGACUGAUCAGAGAUCAGAUCUUGAGUGCGCCAAGCCAGCUGCCCGCCGCCGUCGCUCAGUACAGUUGAUGGAAAGAAGGAUGGACAAAGCUGGUCAGUACACGGACAAGGGUCUUCGGAAGUGCUGUGAGGAUGGCAUGCGCGAUAUCCCUAUGAAAUUCAGUUGCCAGCGCCGGGCACGCUUCAUCACCCAGGGCGAGAGUUGCAUGAAGGCCUUUAUAGACUGCUGCAACUACAUCACCAAGCUGCGUGAACAACACAGAAGAGACCGGCUGCUGGGCCUGGCCAGGAGUGACAUGGAUGAAGACAUCAUUCCAGAAGAAGAUAUCAUCUCUAGAAGCCACUUCCCAGAGAGCUGGUUGUGGACCAUAGAAGAGCUGAAAGAACCAGAGAAAAAUGGAAUCUCUACGAAGGUCAUGAACAUCUUUCUCAAAGAUUCCAUCACCACCUGGGAGAUUCUGGCAGUGAGCUUGUCAGACAAGAAAGGGAUCUGUGUGGCAGACCCCUAUGAAAUCACAGUGAUGCAGGACUUCUUCAUUGACCUGCGACUGCCCUACUCUGUGGUGCGGAAUGAACAGGUGGAGAUUAGAGCUGUGCUCUUCAACUACCGUGAAAAGGAGACUCUUAAGGUGAGGGUGGAACUGUUGCACAACCCAGCCUUCUGCAGCAUGGCCACCGCCAAGGAGCGCUACUUCCAGACCAUCACAAUCCCUCCCAAGUCCUCUGUGCCUGUGCCUUAUGUCAUCGUCCCCUUGAAGAUUGGCCUCCAGGAGGUGGAGGUCAAGGCUGCUGUCAUAGGCCACUUCAUCAGUGAUGGUGUCAAGAAGAUACUGAAGGUUGUGCCAGAAGGAAUGAGAGUCAACAAAACUGUGGCCGUCCGUACACUGGAUCCAGAGCACCUCGGCAAAGAGGGAGUGCAGAGGGAGGAAGUGCCUGCUGCCGACCUCAGUGACCAAGUGCCAGACACAGACUCUGAGACCAGAAUUCUCCUGCAAGGUACCCCGGUGGUUCAGAUGGCAGAAGACGCUGUAGAUGGGGAACGGCUGAAACACCUGAUCGUGACCCCUUCAGGCUGUGGAGAGCAGAACAUGAUUGGCAUGACACCAACGGUCAUCGCAGUACACUACCUGGACCAGACCGAACAGUGGGAAAAGUUUGGCCUGGAGAAGAGGCAAGAGGCCCUGGAGCUCAUCAAGAAAGGGUACACCCAGCAGCUGGCCUUCAAACAGCCCAGCUCUGCCUAUGCUGCCUUCAACAACCGGCCCCCCAGCACCUGGCUGACAGCCUACGUGGUCAAGGUCUUCUCUCUGGCUGCCAACCUCAUUGCCAUCGACUCUCAGGUCCUCUGUGGGGCUGUUAAAUGGCUGAUUCUGGAGAAACAGAAACCAGACGGUGUCUUUCAGGAGGAUGGACCUGUGAUUCACCAAGAAAUGAUUGGUGGCUUCCGGGACUCCAAGGAGGCAGACGUGUCGCUCACAGCCUUCGUCCUCAUUGCACUGCAGGAAGCCAGAGACAUCUGUGAGGGGCAGGUCAAUAGCCUUCCUGGGAGCAUCAACAAGGCAGGGGAGUAUCUUGAAGCCAGUUACCUGAACCUGCAGAGACCAUACACAGUGGCCAUUGCUGGGUAUGCCCUGGCCCUGAUGAACAAACUGGAGGAACCUUACCUCAGCAAGUUUCUGAACACAGCCAAAGAUCGGAACCGCUGGGAGGAACCUGGCAAGCAGCUCUACAAUGUGGAGGCCACAUCCUAUGCCCUCCUGGCCCUGCUGCUGCUGAGAGACUUUGACUCUGUGCCUCCUGUGGUGCGCUGGCUCAAUGAGCAAAGAUACUUUGGAGGUGGCUAUGGCUCCACCCAGGCCACCUUCAUGGUAUUCCAAGCCUUGGCCCAAUACCAAACAGAUGUCCCUGACCACAAGAACUUGAACAUGGAUGUGUCCAUUCACCUCCCCAGCCGCAGCUCCCCAACCACGUUUCGUCUGCUCUGGGAAACUGGCAGCCUCCUGCGAUCGGAAGAGACCAAGCAAAAUGAGGGCUUCUCUCUAACAGCCAAAGGGAAAGGCCAAGGCACAUUGUCGGUGGUGACAGUGUAUCAUGCCAAAGUCAAAGGCAAAGUCACCUGCAAGAAGUUUGACCUCAGGGUCACCAUAGGACCAGCCCCUGAGACAACCAAGAAGCCUGAAAACGCCAAGAGUACUAUGAUCCUUGACAUCUGCACCAGGUACUUGGGAGAUGUGGAUGCCACUAUGUCCAUCCUGGACAUCUCCAUGAUGACUGGGUUCAUUCCAGACAUGGACGACCUGAAACUGCUGAGCUCUGGAGUAGACAGAUACAUCUCCAAGUACGAGAUAGACAAAGAAGGCACCAAGAACAGCCUCAUCAUCUACCUAGAAAAGAUCUCACACUCCGAAGAAGACUGCCUGUCCUUCAAAGUUAACCAGUACUUUGAUGUGGGACUUAUCCAGCCGGGGUCGGUCAAGGUUUACUCCUAUUACAACCUGGAGGAAUCAUGUACCCGGUUCUAUCAUCCAGAGAAGGAGGAUGGAAUGCUGAGCAAGCUGUGCCACAACGAAAUGUGCCGUUGUGCUGAAGAGAACUGCUUCAUGCAUCAGUCACAGGAGAAGGUCAGCCUGAAUGAUCGACUAGACAAGGCUUGUGAGCCUGGAGUGGACUAUGUGUUCAAGACCAAGCUCACCUCGAUAGAGCUGUCGGAUGACUUUGAUGAGUACAUCAUGACCAUCGAGCAGGUCAUCAAGUCAGGCUCAGAUGAGGUGCAGGCAGGGCAGGAACGCAGGUUCAUCAGCCACAUCAAGUGCAGAAACGCCCUGAAGCUGCAGAAAGGGAAGCAGUACCUCAUGUGGGGCCUCUCCUCUGACCUCUGGGGAGAAAAGCCCAACACCAGCUACAUCAUUGGGAAGGACACGUGGGUAGAGCACUGGCCUGAGGGAGAAGAAUGCCAGGAUGAGAAGAACCAGAAACAGUGUGAAGACCUCGGGGCAUUCACAGAAUCAAUGGUGGUUUUUGGCUGCCCCAACUGACUGCAGCCCAACCCUCCAAUAAAGCUUCAGUUCUGUUUCACCCAC